GAAGAAAGGGGCGAGACCCGGUGCCCGGCAGCGGCGCGAGGCUCUCGCUCGGCGCGCGGGCGUCUCCAGCCGGGCGCGCGGCGUUCGAGGGUCGGUGUCUGCGCCGAGCCCUCUACCCAGCAGCCGCCGCCGCUGCUGCUGCAGCUGCCGCCGGCGCUACUGCCGUGGGGCUCGGGCGGCGACGGAGCGGGGCCGGCCGCGGGGCGGGCGGGGAGGGAGGAGGCGGUGAAGGCGGCGGGCCGGGGGGGAAGAUGCCGCUGGCGCAGCUGGCGGACCCGUGGCAGAAGAUGGCUGUGGAGAGCCCGUCCGACAGCGCUGAGGAUAAAUGAGGAGCUGAUUCUUAAUCCUGUCACAUUGAAUGGACAGCAAAUUAUGGAUGAACCUAUGGGAGAGGAGGAGAUUAAUCCACAAACUGAAGAAGGCAGUAUCAAAGAAAUUGCAAUCACACAUCAUGUAAAGGAAGGACAUGAAAAGGCGGAUCCUUCCCAAUUUGAACUUUUAAAAGUAUUAGGGCAGGGAUCAUUUGGAAAGGUUUUCUUAGUCAAAAAAAUCUCAGGCUCUGAUGCUAGACAGCUUUAUGCCAUGAAAGUACUGAAGAAGGCCACAUUGAAAGUUCGAGACCGUGUUCGGACAAAAAUGGAGCGUGAUAUCUUGGUAGAAGUUAAUCAUCCUUUUAUUGUCAAGUUGCAUUAUGCUUUUCAAACCGAAGGGAAGUUGUAUCUCAUAUUGGACUUUCUCAGGGGAGGAGAUUUGUUUACACGCUUAUCCAAAGAGGUGAUGUUCACAGAAGAAGAUGUCAAAUUCUACUUGGCUGAACUUGCGUUGGCUCUAGAUCAUCUACAUAGCCUGGGAAUAAUCUAUAGAGACUUAAAACCAGAAAACAUCCUUCUUGAUGAAGAAGGUCAUAUCAAGUUAACAGAUUUUGGCCUAAGUAAAGAGUCUAUUGACCAUGAAAAGAAAGCAUAUUCUUUUUGUGGAACUGUGGAAUACAUGGCACCAGAAGUAGUUAAUCGUCGAGGUCACACUCAGAGUGCAGACUGGUGGUCUUUUGGUGUGUUAAUGUUUGAGAUGCUUACUGGUACACUACCUUUCCAAGGAAAAGAUCGAAAAGAAACAAUGACUAUGAUUCUUAAAGCUAAACUUGGGAUGCCACAGUUUUUGAGUCCUGAAGCCCAGAGUCUUUUACGAAUGCUUUUCAAACGAAACCCUGCAAACAGAUUAGGUGCAGGACCAGAUGGAGUUGAAGAAAUUAAAAGACAUUCAUUUUUCUCAACGAUAGACUGGAACAAACUGUAUAGAAGAGAAAUUCAUCCACCUUUUAAACCUGCAACUGGCAGGCCUGAAGAUACUUUCUAUUUUGAUCCUGAGUUUACUGCAAAAACUCCCAAAGAUUCACCUGGCAUUCCACCUAGUGCUAAUGCACAUCAACUCUUUCGGGGGUUUAGUUUUGUUGCUAUUACCUCAGAUGAUGAAAGCCAAGCUAUGCAGACAGUUGGUGUGCAUUCAAUUGUUCAGCAGUUGCACAGGAACAGUAUUCAGUUUACUGAUGGAUAUGAAGUAAAAGAAGAUAUUGGGGUUGGUUCCUACUCUGUUUGCAAGAGAUGUAUACAUAAAGCCACGAACAUGGAGUUUGCAGUGAAGAUUAUUGAUAAAAGCAAGAGAGACCCUACAGAAGAAAUUGAAAUCCUUCUUCGUUAUGGACAACAUCCAAACAUUAUUACUCUAAAGGAUGUAUAUGAUGAUGGAAAAUAUGUGUAUGUAGUGACAGAACUUAUGAAAGGAGGUGAAUUGCUGGAUAAAAUUCUUAGACAGAAAUUUUUUUCUGAGCGAGAGGCCAGCGCUGUCCUGUUUACUAUAACCAAAACUGUUGAAUAUCUCCAUGCACAAGGGGUGGUUCACAGAGACUUGAAACCUAGCAACAUUCUUUAUGUGGAUGAAUCUGGCAAUCCAGAAUCUAUUCGAAUUUGUGAUUUUGGCUUUGCCAAACAGCUAAGAGCAGAAAAUGGUCUUCUCAUGACUCCUUGUUAUACUGCAAAUUUUGUUGCACCAGAGGUUUUAAAACGACAAGGCUAUGAUGCUGCUUGUGAUAUAUGGAGUCUCGGUGUCCUCCUCUAUACAAUGCUUACUGGUUACACUCCAUUUGCAAACGGCCCUGAUGAUACACCAGAGGAAAUAUUGGCGCGGAUAGGCAGUGGAAAAUUCUCACUCAGUGGUGGCUACUGGAAUUCUGUUUCAGACACAGCAAAGGACCUGGUGUCAAAGAUGCUUCAUGUGGAUCCUCAUCAGAGACUGACUGCUGCCCUUGUGCUCAGACAUCCUUGGAUCGUCCACUGGGACCAACUGCCACAAUACCAGCUCAACAGACAGGAUGCACCACACCUGGUCAAGGGUGCCAUGGCAGCUACAUAUUCUGCUUUAAACCGUAAUCAGUCACCAGUUUUGGAACCCGUAGGCCGCUCUACUCUUGCUCAGCGGAGAGGUAUUAAAAAAAUCACCUCCACAGCCCUGUGAAGUGACCUCAGUGAGAUAUUUGGUACCAUGGUGUAAGCUGAUAGCACAAGUUCUGGCGACAGGUAGCACAUAUCUGAGAGACACCUGCAAGCACACACUGUCCCAGCUGGUACCCAUAAUGCUGCUGCUCCUGCUGCUGCUCCCGCUUUCAUCUCUUCUCGCUUUAAAUGAUUGUUAGCAAGUUAGAUUUUCCUGGAGCUUCAGAUGAAAUGAAAAUGGAAACGUGAUGAAGAUAUAUUCACUGAAUCAACAAGAAGAAAUAAUGAACAUAUGAAUACCACCUAAAAAUACACUGAAUAAAGUACUCUACACCACAUAGCAUUAUUUUUAUAGGAAAUAUUUCAUGUCCCUUAAAUAUUCUUUGUUAGUUAUAGGGAUGGACAGUUUAUGUUAAGCACUUAGCUUAAACAAUCCGUUUAUAUUAGCACUGUAUCCCUUGUGCCAUCCAACAUUUUGUAUGUUUUUGUAAACAGUUCAUAUACAGUACAUUUCUGUACUGCUUUCUUUAAUGUAUACAUGCCUUGUUUAACUUGGAAUCUAUUAUUAAUCAAUUGACUAUUAAAUCUGGUUAAAUAGUUCAUCUGGAUUAACAGUAUUGUUGGACAGCCCUAAAAAUGGCCAGAUUGUAGAACAGCUGUUGAAUGUAAUACUUCCAAAAUGUACAUAUCUUUCCCCAUGUCUGUUUCACUGGUUCAUUUGUUUGUUUCUUAAAGUCAGGUGCUCUGUUAGGCAAACCUAUAGAGCUGUUUUGGUUAGAAAGUUAUCAUAUGUGUGUGGCAUGACAUCAAGAGUACACCUGUGAAGUUAGUUCAUAUACUUUGCAACUCCUUAGGGUCUUUUUUCCUUAAUUAAGGAAGUAGUCCUUGCACUUUUAUAGUAUCCAUACUUAGUAUUUGGCAUAAAUUUGGGAUUUUUCCCAGUAUACAUCAAAGGCCUCUUAAGAGGCCUGAUAAAAAGAUUGACAAAGGAAAAUUUAGCAACAAGUCAUUCAAGUCCCAUUGGAUAUUUCAUGUUUACAUAGAUCAAAUUGCAGAAUUUAGCAUAUGAAUAACAGGAUACAUACUCUUGUACACCUGCAAGGAAAGUAUGCUUUUUUUGGAAAAAAAAGGUAAAUCAUGAUGAAUUCUGUCCCAUUAAGAUGCUCUAUAUUAAACACUAAUUUGAAUGUAAUAAAGGCCCAGGCCUCUAUAUGAAAUUGGGCUUAAACUUUCUUAUUCUGGGGAAUAAAACAUUCUUGAUCAAACAGUAUCUGUUCUAACUUGAACACAUAGCUAAGGUAGGCUAAGUGAAUGUUCAGCAUUGAGUGUUUCCUGAAUUCCUCCUGAUGGUUUAUAGCCACAUAAUGCUUUCUUUAACUUCAGAAAUGAUCAGUUUUCAUAUUGGUUAUUGGAUCUGCUUAUAUUAUUCAUUAUCUACAUCUAAUUCGGUAAUUUCCACAGAUUAAAGAAACAUAUGCACCCA